GCAGCAGCGCUACGUUGCACCAAAUCGAGCGGUUGAUGAAGCAUAUUGCAUACUGAAUGAGGCUGGCCAUCCCGCAAGUUUUUCAGCGGGUCGCAUCAGCCAGCAGAGCGGUAGUCAGUAUGAAAAGCUGGUUACUAGCGUCGUCAAAGGCUUUAGCCGCAAACUCAGGGCUGUGCGCAGCCAAACGCAAGAGGAGGGAGAAGCACUAAAGGAUCUCAGAAAUAGAGUUGCAGAUUUCCUGCGAGACCGUGUGUCAGACAACGCUGGGCAAAGAGUAACAGCAAGAGGUGUCGGUGAAGAGGAAGCUGACAUUGACGUGGUGUUCCAUGGCAGCUUUGAAGCCUUGCUGAGCCAGCUGAACCUGGUGACUGAAGCUAAAGUUAUUGCGACCUGCGAAGACGUCACCUGUGUUCUGGUGGAAGCUUGUUCGGACAGUCGUCUUGUCGCGAUGAAGCUUUUGCAGAUCGAGAUCCAAUGCCGCAUUGUUGCGCGUCAAGGGUUCUUGGUCAGAGAUGACCCGCGUGGCUUGGAAGCCCAGGCGCUUUUACCCCGUUCGACUGGCUAUGCGAUUGUGUUCAAUCGCGCGGCUCUGCAGAUAAACAUACAGAGCGUGCUGGACACACUGGGUCUUACCUACGUGCAGGAGUUGCAGCAGCAGGGCAAGUUGCACAUUGCUUUUUUACAAGCAGACCGUGCGUUGCCCGCAGCAUUGGAGAUUGCAAGCGAGGCAAGAGCAGAGGCACGCGAGGCAAGAGCGAAGGUGGACAGAUUGGAGAAAGACCUUGCAGGCAUCCGCAGGGUUAACCUUCGCGUGACUUAUGCACUGCUGUGGUUUCUACCUUGGCAUGUCAUUCUGCGGGGCUUUGCAGGCACUACCUCGGCGCCAUCCACUGUCUGGGUGCGGGAGCUAGACAGCAAGGAGGAUGGGAUUGUCACAGCCAAGCUGAGGCCCAAGAAGGAUUCCGAUUGCCGGUCGUUUUGGAGCAGCGCCUUUGUGCAGACAGCGUUUUGUCAGGAGGGCUUUCAGGGAGAGGAUGAGCCGGAGCGGGCGUUUCAGGUGGAGUCCCCUCAGGCCAUCAUCGCCGUGCCAUGUGAAGUGGAGUUUGGUUGCUGGUUGCAUUUCAGUAGGACUACCCGCACCUCAAUAAUGUGGACGACUUGGCGAAAGACCCGGCCUCGGCGUGCUUCCUUUGCUCAUGCCCCGACGUGCUCAGAAAGUCACGAGGCAAUCAAGAAGCAGAAUUCCGUCAGUCUCCAGGAUAUCGAUGCAAGGAAUAUCGACAUCUACUUACAAGCUGGAAAGUGGCAACUCGUCAAAGGCGCAUCGACCUCCCUGCGUGAGAACACCAGCGAGCCCAACCCUCGGCUCCGUGAUCGGCCAUUCAACUUCCACAUGACGGCGUGA